GUUGAAACAAAUCAGAACCUUCUUCAAGUUGGAAAGCCUUUUCCAUGUCAGAUGAGGAUGAAGACUGUUCUUAUGGUAGCAGAGAAGCCAUCUUUGGCUCAAUCGAUAGCCAAAAUCCUGUCAAGAGGAAACAUAUCUUCUCGGAAAGGGCUAAAUGGGGCGUGUUCAGUCCAUGAGUACUCAGGAUCAUUUGCAGGUCAAAGCGCCCAUUUCAAGAUGACAUCUGUAUGUGGCCAUGUGAUGACGUUGGAUUUUAUAGGAAAAUACAACAACUGGGAUAAAGUAGACCCAGCAGAACUUUUUAGUAAAGCCCCUACGGAAAAGAAAGAAGCUAAUCCGAAGCUGAACAUGGUGAAAUUCUUACAGGUAGAAGGGAGAGGUUGUGACUAUAUUGUUCUGUGGUUGGAUUGUGAUAAGGAAGGCGAAAACAUCUGUUUUGAGGUCCUGGAUGCUACUCUUCCUGUGAUGAACAAAGCUCGUGGCAACGAAAGGAUCGUCUACAGAGCCAAGUUCAGCUCUAUCACUGACACCGACAUCUGCCAUGCUAUGAACCACUUGGGAGAGCCCAAUCACAAUGAAGCCCUGUCAGUGGAUGCCCGUCAGGAACUGGAUCUGAGAAUUGGCUGUGCAUUUACAAGGUUUCAGACAAAAUACUUCCAGGGGAAGUAUGGCAAUUUAGACAGCUCUUUAAUCUCUUUUGGUCCCUGUCAGACUCCAACACUAGGAUUCUGUGUGGAGCGACAUGAUAAAAUCCAGUCUUUCAAGCCUGAAACAUACUGGGUGUUGCAAGCCAAGGUUAGCAAUGAGAAGGACAGUUGUCUGACUCUGGAUUGGGACAGAGUGAGAGUUUUUGACAGAGAAAUUGCUCAGAUGUUCCUGAACAUAACAAAGGCGGCAAAGGAAGCAAAGUGGAGGAUGCUGUCCUCAUGUCCUUGUCGAAACAUAUUAACAAUUGCCAGUCCCAUCAUCUUGAGAAUGGGACCACAGCAUGCUAUGCAAAUAGCUGAACGGUUGUAUACUCAAGGUUAUAUUAGUUAUCCUCGAACAGAGACUACCCAUUACCCAGAAAACUUUGACUUGAAGGGCACUUUGCGACAGCAGGCUAAUAAUCCUUACUGGGCUGAAACAGUAAAAGUGUUACUCUCAGAAGGCAUUAAUAGACCAAGAAAAGGCCACGAUGCUGGUGACCAUCCCCCAAUAACACCAAUGAGAACCGCCUCGGAAGCAGAGCUAGGUGGUGAUGGAUGGAGGCUGUACGAAUACAUUACUAGGCAUUUCAUUGCCACCGUCAGUGCUGACUGCAAAUAUCUCCAGACUACCAUUGCGUGCAGUGUUGGGCCGGAACGGUUUACUUGUGUAGGAAAGAUGGUUCUUUCACCAGGUUUCACUGAAAUCAUGCCAUGGCAGAGCAUUCCUCCCGAAGAAAGUCUUCCCAGCUGUGAGAAAGGAGACAUCUUCCCGGUCAGUGAAGUGAAACUUCUGGAAAAACAAACCAAUCCUCCGGAUUACCUGACGGAAGCAGAGCUCAUCACUCUGAUGGAGAAACAUGGCAUCGGAACGGAUGCCAGCAUUCCAGUGCACAUCAACAACAUCUGCCAGCGCAACUAUGUCACUGUGGAAAGUGGCCGCCGACUGAAGCCUACGAAUCUGGGCAUUGUUCUGGUCCAUGGCUACUAUAAAAUAGACGCAGAGCUUGUCCUGCCUACAAUCCGUAGUGCAGUAGAGAAACAACUCAACCUAAUUGCUCAAGGUAAAGCAAAUUAUCACCAGGUCCUGGAACACACCCUGGAUAUCUUCAAAAGGAAAUUUCACUACUUUGUUGAUUCAAUCGCCGGUAUGGAUGAACUGAUGGAAGUCUCUUUUUCGCCCCUGGCUGCCACAGGCAAGCCCCUUUCCCGCUGUGGAAAAUGUCAUCGUUUUAUGAAGUACAUCCAGGCCAAGCCAAGUCGUCUACAUUGCUCUCACUGUGAUGAAACUUACAGCCUCCCUCAGAACGGUACCAUCAAACUCUACAAAGAGUUACGAUGCCCUCUGGAUGACUUUGAACUGGUGCUGUGGUCCUCUGGAUCAAGGGGGAAGAGUUACCCACUGUGCCCUUACUGCUUCAACCAUCCUCCUUUCAGGGAUAUGAAAAAAGGAAUGGGUUGCAAUGAGUGUACUCACCCCUCUUGCCAACACUCUCUGAACAUGCUUGGAAUUGGACAGUGCGUGGAAUGUGAGAAUGGAGUGCUGGUGCUUGACCCCACAUCCGGACCCAAGUGGAAGAUGGCCUGCAACAAAUGCAACGUGAUUGUACACUUCUUUGAAAACGCGCACAAAGUCCGGGUGUCAGCAGAAACGUGCGAGGCCUGUGAUGCUGCCCUCGUGGAUGUGGAUUUCAAUAAAGCCAAAUCCCCCCUUCCUGGCAGUGAGACACAGCACACGGGUUGCGUGUUCUGCGACCCCGUCUUCCAAGAUCUGGUUGAGUUAAAGCAUGCCACGAUGAAGCAUCCCAUGCACCGGGGAGGACAGGGGAAACGACAGGGCCGAGGAAGAGGAAAGGGCAGGAGGCCUGGAGGGAGGCCAAACCCAAAGAAACCAAAAGACAAAAUGGCUGCACUGGCUGCUUAUUUUGUGUAACGGCCCUCGUACAGUAACUAUUAAACAGUGAAACUUCAUGCAAACUUCCGGUUUCAUUGAAUCUUUCCAGUCUCUUCAACCGUAAACAAAUUAUUCAGUUCUCUGCAUUGGAACAAUGAAUGGAAAAGCUGCAGUGACUGGGGAAAAGGUAGUUUAGGAGAAAAGGUGACUAAGUAGGGGCAUGAUAAAAUGUAUGCAUGGGGUUAAGCAAGCACACAAGAGACAUUUUAUUCUGUCAUAAUUUGGGAUGAUCCAGCGAAUGAUGGACAGGAGAUUAUGGACGCAAAUAAAGAAAACUUCUCCAUGCAGUGCGCAGUCAAUAUAAAGGAUUUGCCGACAAUACAAUUUUGUGAUGGCCGUUAGCCUGGAUGGCUUUACCAUGGAAUUAAACCCAUCAUGGAGGAUUGGCCCUUAUGGCUGAUAGUUGUCAUGGUUAUUUGGUACCUCCAAGGUAGGGUUUGGUAUGCCUUUUGAGCAGCAUUGUUGCUGAGUCACAACAAGGGGAGAGGGCUAUUGUCUUCGGAUCUUGCUUCUGGGUUUCCCCAAAGACAUCUGAUAAGCCACGUGGGGAUAAAAGACUGCUGGGUGAGAGAGGGUCCUUUGUUCAGAUCUAGCUGGGCUUUUCUUAUGUUCUGAAAUGCCUUUGGCUGCAGCUUUACAUGAUCUUUUACAAGAUCCCAUGGAAGUACAUGGAAUUUAUUAAAUCAGCCUAAUUGAAAACUUUUCUGCCUUUUCUGACAUGUACGUCAGGAACAUAGGAUUGCAGUACCUUAGGAUACCCAAAAUGAUUUGUGCUCCACAGUGUCUGCCAUCAGUUGUGUAAAGUAAUUCUCUGCUUUGUACGUUUGAUAUUUCUGGAUCUACUGCUGCUGUUUCAGGAAUGCCACCCCCAAGUGUUUCUGAAUUUGCCCGAGCACAAGUCUUCAUGGUGUUGCAACAGAAUUGACAUAGGAAACUUUCUAAGCUGUCACCUCUAAAAAGGGGAAGAUUCUUCAGAACAGGAUGACCAGAAACUGUGUUUUUGAAGCCUCAUGUAAUUCUCAGAAUAUUAAAGUGAAUAAUGCAGUUAAAACCUC